AUGCAACCAUUUGGUCAACCACAAAUUGUGCAGAACCGUGGGUACGGCAGCUACAAUGCUUAUAGCCAGCCGGGCUAUCCGGCUCAGCAGUACCCUGCGUCUGCCCAUUACUCACAGGGUGGAUACUACCCACAGUAUUCACAAGGAGCCUACAAUCCAGCACUCUUGCAAGGCUUUCAAGGCCCUGUUCCAGGACAGGUGAGCCGUGGAAGGGCUCUCUACACCGGUGGCCGCGGAGGUGGCGGUUAUGGGCGUGGUGCCUACAACGUGGGUAUGGGUGGCGAUCGCGGCCGAGGCGGGUUUGGGCUUCGUGCCCGUCGAAAGAAACCCUUUGUUGGUGGCUCCUUGGAAACACAACGCCAAUGGGAGAGGCAAACAAUUUGCUGUUUUUUCCUCCAAGGAAACUGUAAGUUCGCCGAUGCCUGUCGUUUUCUUCACGAAGACGAUGGGAAACGACCUUGCCAGUAUGGCGCUCAAUGCCGUGUAGGACAUGCACCGCGUGCAAAGGAGAGCAACGGUGACGUGGAUGAGGAGCACCUAAAUUCCCAAUCGGAGGAACCUCAGGAAUCCCCUGAAGGACAACAACAACAGACUGCUGCGGAAUCUGCAUAA